AUGCCUGAUGCUCAUGAGAAGUCAGAACAAGAUAAGAAGUGUAAAAUUGUACAAUUUGAUCGAUUUCAAGCAUGGGAUGAACAUCAAUUAAUCUCUCUUCUACACGAGAGAUCAACAGUUAGAAUCCCCCUAAGCCACGUACGAGGUUUGAGUCGCAACAAUAUCUUCCCGAACAGUGUUGUUAUGCCAGAAUCCGGAGUGUCAAGUGAACAACAUGCUUUCGAAAAUGGCAUACAGCCACAACAAGAUGACCAAAACAAAGGUGGGAGCUUUUCAAUUGGAGAUAAUCAGCUGAGAGAAGGGCUUCUCCGGCUUGAAAAUGCACUCGAUUUUAUCAACCAAAAGAUGAAUGCCGUGUGUCAAAAGGUGGAACAACAUCAACAAAAUGAACGACAAAUUGAGGAACUGUCGACUGCUCUGAGACUCGCAGACAGAAAACCUCACAAGCUCGACCGGAAAGUCAAAGAUCUGGAGACCAAGAUAGCUAAUAUGGAAACCGAGGCGUACAUCACUGCUUCCAAAACUGACGGCCACGACAAGGUUUUCCGUCAGAUCAUCACAACUUUUGGGGGUAUUGAUCUUCAGGCAGAAUACGACAGCUAUGAGAGUGCCAGUCAGAGGGCUGAUCGUAGCAACGAACGGGCAAGUUCUCGCAUACUAAAGCGCAACAGGAAUCUCAACCAAGAUAUCGAAGCAGAAAUAGAGAAAAUUGUGGAUGAUGAUGCAAAAGAAACAGUUGAUCCACCGGCAGGUUCAAGAAAAAGGAAAAAAACGGGUACACAGGAUGAACCACAAGUGGAAGAAACACCAGAUCAACCAGAUGUACAAGAAAUCCAGGUCGACUACUCGGUUUUUGAAGUGGAGGAGCUUGCCAAAAUGGUUUCGGAAGUUGGGGUGGACACUCGGGGAAUGGACAAGUCUGAUUUGAUCCGGAACUGCGAAAAAUUUAAAGAUUUGAUAAUAACACCGAAGCCUCCGCGUGUUGAUCGCGCGGAGAAGAAUGGCUCAAAAUCUAUGGCUUCCAAACGUAAAGGUGCGGACUUGACCUUUGGUGAAAGAUUUCAGGUAAUAUGUCAGGCAGGUCCUGGAAAAACGACAGCGGAAGAACCUCAUUCAAGUCCAAUUGAAACUUCGACAUCUGUUCUCCCCAGUCUUCAGCAUGAAAACUCACCAAAACAUCAAUCACGCCGCAAGAUCCCAACUUCUAAAGCAGCGUCUGCCAAAAAGAAAACCAAAGCUAAAGAACGAGCUCGGGAAGAAUCUGAAGAUGAUUACGAACCAGAGCUGGAUUCCGGAACUAUUCAUGAUCCCAACCACGAUCCCGAUAACAGCACAGAAAUCUCUAAAUCAAAAAAAUCUAAGCCACGAGAUAGUGCAAAGAGGAAAAAUCAGACGACAGAAGAUGACCUAGAAAACUCACCAAACAAUCAAUCACACCGCAAGAACCCGACUUCUAAAGCAGUGUCUGCCAAAAAGUCAACCAAAGGUAAAGAACGAGCUCGGGAAGAAUCUGAAGAUGAAGACAAACCAGAGCUGGAUUCUGGACCUAUUCAUGAUCCCAACCACGAUUCCGAUAACAGCACAGAAAUCUUUGAAUCAAAAAAAACCAAGCCACGAGAUAGUGCAAAGAAGAAAAAUCACACAACAGAAGACAACCUAGGCCACUCAGAUGUCGAAAGUAUAAGCAAAGAAAAAAGCAAUGAAUACAAUGAACUAAAGAAUUUUUGUCUGGCCACCAGCCAAAGGGUUGACAAACUAGCGCAAGAUGUCAAAAAUUUAACACGAGUGAUGGAAAAUGCUUUAGCCGAGGAUGGCGAGAAAGUAGUAAAACAAAAGAUGCGGGGUGGUAGAACAGCAGCCCAUGUUCGUUUUCAUAUCGAUGUGAUGCUGGGAAGAAAAUCCGAAAACAGUCCACCACCACCACCGGCAAGCACUGAAGAGAAGGGAAGGUAUCGUAAAGAGCAGUGGGAGGAGGACCGUCGGAAGGCAGCAGAUGCUACGAACAGGCGCACCACAAGACUUGGUCGUGUGGGUCCUUUUGAGAACAUUUCUCAUCUGGAAUAG